AUGUCCAAAACAGCCACCCUAGGUCGAGGUCUGCCCUCCAACAUAUCUAAAUCCUCACAAGGGAGGAGAGAACCUUCCGGAGGUGCAUUCACGAUGUUCACUCCUCAGCAAGUCAAGCAGUUCAAAGAGGCUUUCACGAUGAUUGAUCAGGAUGGUGAUGGGAGGGUGACGGAGGGUGAUUUGAAAGUGAUGUUGAGUAAUUUAGGCCAAACACCCACUCCGACCUUACUCCAAGCUCUCCUUACUUCCCGACCCGGUUCAACAAAGGGAAUAGCAAGCGAAGGGAUCAACUUCACUCAAUUCCUCAGUAUGAUGGGCGAACAUCUGAUUCAACUGGAUAACGAGAGAGAACUGAUAGAGGCUUUUGCAUGUUUUGACGAGGGUGAUAAAGGCUGGGUGGACACCAAGGAAGUUAGGAAGUGGUUGAGUGAGAUGGGAGAUAGGAUGGAUGAGACUGAGAUCGAAAGACUAUUCUCAGGUCCAUUCACAGAUCGUCAAGGUCGAUUCAACUAUAUCGAAUUUGCAAAAGUUCUAAGAGUGAAUGAUGGUGAGGAAGAAAGAGAAGAUAAGUUAUCAACUUAG